CAGUCGCAAAAACAGCUACAUCGACCCCCUCAACUCGUAAAGUGUUGGUUUUCUAUCCUUGCGCUCAUUCUAUCAUCCCUCUGCCGGAUAUCCCCCUUUCGCAUCUUAGCUCUCGCUCUCGAGUAGCACUUUGCAGCCUCGCAUCAACACACGACUCGGUUGGCAGGCCAAACAAGCUUUCUCAAACACAGAGCCUCGUUCAGGACAGAACACACCAACACCACCACCACCACCAUGGCCUCUCUCGGUGAAGACUUGCUCGGAGUCGUCAACAAGCUCCAGGACCUCGUCUUCAACACGAUAGGAAAUGACUCGCUGGACUUGCCACAGAUUGUUGUUGUAGGUUCGCAAUCUUCAGGAAAGUCGUCGGUACUGGAAAACAUCGUCGGUCGCGACUUUCUUCCUCGAGGAAGCGGCAUCGUCACCCGUCGACCUCUUAUCCUGCAACUCAUCAACGUCCCCAGCAAUGCCGAUAGACCGGAGGGCGAUGAGAUCCACGUGCCACACACCCCAGCCUCUGUCGCUGGCCAAGACGAGUGGGGAGAGUUCAACCACAUUCCUGGCCGUCGCUUCUACGACUUUGGCGAGGUCAAGAGAGAGAUUGAGAACGAGACUGCUAGAAUCGCUGGAAACAACAAGGGCAUCAACCGCCAGCCCAUCAACUUGAAGAUCUACUCGCCCCAUGUUCUUAGUUUGACUUUGGUCGAUCUGCCUGGUCUCACAAAGGUUCCGAUUGGCGACCAACCUGGUGAUAUUGAGAAGCAGACACGCAACCUGAUCACCGAGUACAUCGCAAAGCCCAACAGUAUCAUCCUCGCAGUGUCUCCCGCAAACGUCGAUCUGGUGAACUCGGAAGCUCUCAAGCUGGCCCGCCAUGUCGACCCUAUGGGAAGACGCACAAUCGGUGUCCUGACAAAGCUGGAUUUGAUGGACCACGGUACCAACGCUAUGGACAUUCUCUCAGGUCGUGUAUACCCUCUGAAGCUGGGCUUUAUUGGUGUCGUCAACCGUUCGCAGCAAGAUAUCCAGGGCAACAAGUUGCUCUCUGAUGCCCUCUCUGCUGAGAGAGACUUCUUCCGCACUCACCCCGCCUACCGCAACAUGGCCACUCGCUGCGGUACUCAAUACCUGGCAAAAAGCCUCAAUACUACCCUGAUGGGUCACAUCCGCGAACGCUUGCCCGAUAUCAAGGCCCGCUUGAACACCCUGAUGGGCCAGACGCAACAAGAGCUGGCCAGCUACGGAGACGUCGCUUUUGCUGGAAAGGAACACCGCGGCUCUCUGGUUUUGCAGCUCAUGACUCGUUUCGCUACUUCGUUCAUGUCAUCCAUUGACGGUACGUCUUCCGAGAUCUCGACCAAGGAACUCUGCGGUGGUGCCAGGAUUUACUACAUUUUCAACUCCGUCUUCGGCAACUCUCUGGAGACCAUUGAUCCUACAACGAACCUUUCUGUCCUCGAUAUUCGUACUGCCAUCCGUAACUCGACCGGUCCUCGUCCCAGUCUCUUCGUCCCCGAACUCGCAUUCGACCUUCUGGUGAAGCCUCAGAUCAAGCUGCUGGAGAUCCCCAGUCAACGUUGUGUUGAGUUGGUUUACGAGGAACUGAUCAAGAUCUGCCACAGCUGCGGCUCUUACGAAUUGUCAAGAUACCCACGUUUACAAGCGAAGCUGAUUGAGGUUGUCUCGGAUCUGCUAAGGGAGAGAUUGGGCCCAUGCUCGCACUACGUCGAGUCGCUCAUCUCUAUUCAGCGCGCAUAUAUCAAUACCAAUCACCCCAACUUCCUCGGCGCAGCAGCUGCUAUGAACUCGGUCAUCAACGACAAGCAGGAGAAGGAGAAGGCUAUUGCAGCCGCAGAAGAGAAGAGAAAGAAGGACGAGAAGCGCCAGAAAGCUCUCAGCGGUGCCAACGGUACUGGAGAGCCUGAGGACGAUCAAGAGAAUGACGCCGCUGCUGGAGGCAAGGCAGCAACACUCCCUAUUCGCAGCCACCUCAGCAAGGCCAGCCGUAGCAUGUCACCUGCUGUUGGUCGUGCUGGAAUGAGCACAAACGGUACAAGAGCUGGCUCACCGCCAAGAUUCGCAGGAGCAGGAGGCACUGCUAGAGACAGUUUCCUCAACUACUUCUUCGGCAAGGACGGUGGCCUGCCGCCGUCAAACGGUUUCUCUGGAAACCACAUGUCCCCUUCAAACAUGCCUGCUGGUAGCAGACAUGUUAGCGCAAACAUCGAGCCCAGUUUCGCAGGCAGCAUUCGCAGAGGCGACACCAGACUGCCCGAUCGUCCUGUAUCAUCGCACGUUUCUGUGCCCGGCGAGUACGACUCGGAAGAGGCAGACAGUGGCUACCCGCUAGCAGACGAAGGCCCGGCGCUCACUGAGCGAGAAGCACUCGAGACCGAACUGAUCCGUCGCUUGAUAUCAUCAUACUUCAACAUUGUACGAGAGACGAUUGCCGACCAAGUCCCCAAAGCAGUCAUGCACCUUUUGGUCAACCACUCCAAGGACGUUGUCCAGAACAGACUGGUCAGCGAGCUGUACAAGGAAGAAUUGUUCGGCGAACUCCUUUACGAAGACGACGCCAUCAAGAGCGAGCGCGAAAAGUGCGAGAAGUUGCUUUCCACCUACAAGGAAGCUGCCAAGAUUAUCGGAGAGGUCUUGUAAAGGGGGAAAUAAAUGAUGGGUGCAAAAAGAAUGCUUUUAUUACGAUCUCUACUUUCUCUUGUUUGAUUUUUUGUCCACCCUCUCUCUCCUUUUCGUUUUCCAGCUUGCGCGGUCUGGUUGUAUUGUAACUCUAGAGGGAGGCAAGGAAGGGAUAGGACAGAACAGACCUGUGUUUCCUUGUUUGACGGAGAUUUGAAACUCUGUCCAAGCUUUUUGUAUAACACGAAUUUGUACCAAAAAGACAUAAGUCUAUCAGCACAAACGCUAAUCGAGUAUAUGUGUAUCCUUCACAGGAGAC